GAAACUCUGCUACCGUCUAGUCUAGAGCAAGAUUAAUAACAAUAUUAUUAACAUCACAUCUAUUCAAUUCUAUUCUAGCUCUAGACUAGAAUCCUUAUAUUUUGUGACACUCAAGUUCUCAACUAUUCUACUAGCUAGUUCUCUAGUCAAGUUAUAAACAAUGAAUAGGACCUAUUAGUCCUCACUUAGCUAGAGUAUGGUUUAAUCACAGAGCCAAUGAAAUGCUGAAAUUUGCAGUGGUUAUCUGGACAUGGCUGAGUUUAGCCUCAGCUUUGGAUGUCUUACAGAUGUCAAUCGGGAGAAAAAGUCUAGAGACUAAGCAUGCAUUGGUUGGUUCAGCUUCUGUGUUUUCAUUGGCUAAACACUUCCAGAGUCAUAUGGUUCUCCAACAGGCCCCACAACAAGCCAGUAUCUAUGGGUUCGCACCGGUGUCUAACAUAGGGGAUCUGGUGACAGCUAUGGUAACUUAUGGAGGUUCUGUGAUGAAUUCGUCUGGCACUGUGACUGAAGGGUCAGACACAGCUGUUUGGACUGUGACAUUUGGUCCUAUCAAGACCAAUGAAUCAACCACAGUAAAAGUCUCUUUACAGAAUGUUUCUCUGGUCUUGGAAGAUGUGUUGUUUGGGGAUGUUUGGAUCUGUUCUGGUCAGUCCAACAUGCAGUUUAUGGUCCAACAGAUGUUUGGUGGAGAAGAAGAAAUAGCCAACGCGCACAAAUAUCCCAAUGUUCGUUUUAUGAAUGUGGUCAGACAGUCUUCAUCAAAGCCAUUAAAUGAUUUAAUUGGUAUUGACCAGAGCUGGGCGUCACCUUUAAAUACCAGUAUAGCCCAUUUCUCAGCAGUCUGCUGGCUGUACGGUAAGGCUUUGAGUGAAGAACUUGGCUACCCUAUUGGUCUGGUUGGGACCAACUAUGGCGGAACACCAGUGGAGGCCUGGUCUUCACCUCAAGCCCUGCAAAAGUGUGGAGUCCCCAAGGUAGAAACAAGAAACUAUGGUGAGGAAGUGAAUAAACUGCUGAUAAAUGGACCUCAGAACAACUCUGAGCUAUGGAACUCUAUGAUCUACCCUAUGCUGGGAAUGACAAUCUAUGGCGCCAUAUGGUACCAAGGUGAAGGUGAUGCUCAAGAUCCAGUGAUGUUGAACCGUUACAACUGCACAUUCCCUGCCAUGAUUGAUGACUGGAGGUUGAGUUUUAACAAGGCGUCCAGUGGCCAGUCAGACAUCUUGUUUCCUUUUGGCUUUGUCCAGCUGUCCACUAGUGGCCCUAACAAUGAGGACGCAACUUAUGUGGACAUUCGCUGGCACCAGACGGCUGACUUUGGUACAGUCCCUAACAAACGUCUGCAACGAGUCUUCAUGGCUGUGGCACUGGACCUGCCAGAUUUUGAUGCACCUUCUGGACCUGUUCACACAAGACACAAGAAACAAGUUGGGAACCGGCUGUUCCUCAGUGGUCUGGGCGUGGCCUACAACAGACCUGUGCUGUUUCAAGGGCCAUUUCCUGUCUCUGGUACCCUCUCCAGUAAUAACAGUCUGGUGCUGGACUAUGGCGACACCUGGACACUGGACAUUAGGAACACUGAAGGUUUUGAGCUGUUGUGUACGGCCGCCCUGCCCUACAAGACAACCUGGUGGGUGCCAACAAGUAUCCUCAGGUACAGCAAGACCAGGCUGGAGCUGCUGACAUCUGUGUGCGGUCAGGGUCAGCUGGUGCGGGGCCUGCGCUACGCCUGGCGCACAACACCCUGCUCACUAGAGACCUGCGCUGUCUAUUCACUUGUCAAUCAACUGCCGGCCCCGCCCUUCACAGCUUUGGCUGAUUAUUUGGAUGGACAACCCGUCUUUCAUUUUUAAUACAGUUUUAAAGUGUGAUCUGUUUAAUAGAGUGAUCUGUUUAAUAGUGUGAUAGUGUGUAUCUACUUCAAGAUUACAUUCCUUAAGGUUUUUUUGUGACUUCAAGAUUACAUUCCAUAAGAUUUUGUUGUGACUUCUAUGCACUGAAAUAGAAAACAUGAGAUACGUUUAUAACAAUUGGGUGGAAUUUAAAGGUUUACAAAUUAUUUUAUUAAAGUUUAUUCCUCAUACGGAGGCUUGUAUUUAAAUUAAAUAAUUUAAUUAUGCUUAAAAAUAAUUUAUGGGUGUCAUGUUUGAUGUGGUUUAAUCACAUAUGGUAUUUUUAUAAUGAGACUUGUAUUCAAAUAACAGAAUUCAACAGUCUCAGAUAAGAAGGUAUUUUUUAUUUUACUUGUAUACUUUUAUAAUAUAUAUAUAUAACUUUUGUAUUAUUUUUUAUAUUUUUAUAAAAUGUUUUUUCCAUGUUAAACUUUAAAUAAUAUUUAACUGUGUUAAUUCUCUACUGCUGCCAAACUUUCCAUACUGUUAUACAACUUUCUAUUGGACUAUAUCUCAUAUUUACACUCGAGGGGGUUUCAACGGUAUUUGUUACAAAAACUUUAGUCUUGUUUCCUGUCUAUUGUUUGUAUAAUAAUUCACAAGUCACAAACAUGACAUUGGUAAAAAAACAGAACUUAAAACUACAAGGUUUUAAUACCCAAGAUCAUUUUUACAAUAUCAAAUUUAAUGUUUAUUAAAGUUUAUAUUUAAAACUAAA